AUGGAUGGAAUGAUUAUUCCCAUGUGGAAUGAAAUGGUGAUUGCAAAGGAAAUGGUUAUUCCUAAGAGCAAAAUAUACCAAGCAAAAGAAUGGAAUGGAGGAGAUGCAAAAGUGAGAUGCAUAGAGAGGGAGAGAGAAGCUCUUCUAAGCUUCAAAAAUGGCCUCAUCGACGAGGAUGGUAUUCUCUCAUCGUGGAAAAGCAACGAAUGCUGCGAAUGGCACGGUGUUGAGUGCAGCAACACCACUGGCCAUAUCAUCACCCUCAAAUGUGAGUUUUGUGGAUUGCAAGGCGAGUUAGGGAACCUUACCAACCUACGCUCACUUGACCUUAGUGGUACCGGUAUUAGGAACAUCCCUCCUCAGUUGUGGAACCUUACCAACUUACGCUCACUUGAUCUCGGGCAUAAUUCUUUGAACUCUGAGUCUCUUUCUCUUUCUAUACAUGGUUUUGUAUUGGAAUCACUCGAAAUACUAGACUUGUCUGAGAAUCAACUCAAUGGAUUGAUGUUUGACCUUAGAGCAUUUCCUUCAUUGACAAACCUGUUUCUUAUGGGAAAUAACUUGACUGGAUCCAUUCCUGUAAGCAUUGGUCAACUAUCCAAUCUUCAAGAUCUAUAUCUUGAUUCCAAUUCUUUGGAAGGUAAGGAAUCAGAAUACAAGAAAAAUCUUGGGCUUCUCAAAGUCAUUGAUUUAUCAAGCAAUAGAUUGAUUGGGAGCAUUCCCGAAUCAUUUUCCAAUAUGAGGAAUUUAAAUUCCUUGAAUCUAUCAAGAAAUAGUUUGAUGGGAUAUAUAAUUCCAGAUAUUGGUAAAAUGGAGAUGCUAGAUUCUCUUGAUCUAUCUCAUAACCGACUCUCGGGCAAGAUACCUUCAAGUCUGGCAGAAAUAUACACUCUUGGUGUUCUUGAUUUGUCGAACAACAAGUUGUUUGGAAAAAUUCCGACGGGUACUCAACUUCAGAGCUUCAAUGCAUCGUCUUAUGCCGGGAAUGAUGGACUCUGCGGCGAACCUCUGCAGAAGUGCACUGAAAGGCCAUCUACCACUAAUCCGGUGGAAAACAUGAAUGAGAAAGACGGCAACAACUUUUCAUUUAUGCAAGAAGUUGGGAUAUCAAUGGGCUUUGGUUUUAUCUUUGGAUUUUGGGGAGUUAUUGGUUCAUUCAUAUUGAAGAAAUCAAGGAGAAUAGCAUUCUUCAACUUGUUUGAUGCUGCUGGACAUUGGUUCUACGUCAGGAUUGCUGUAAAAGCGAUCAAAUUUGUUGUUGUUGUUCUCUCCUGUUUGUUUGUAUCAGGAGAUGCAAAAGUAAAAGUGAGAUGCAUAGAGAGUGAGAGGGAAGCUCUUCUAUCCUUCAAGAAUGGCCUCAUCGAUAAGAUUGGUAUUCUCUCGUCUUGGGAAAGCGAAGAAUGCUGCAAAUGGCACGGUGUGGAGUGUAGCAACACCACUGGCCAUGUUAUCACCCUCAAGAUUGAUGGUGCGGUUGAUAUGGAUUAUGAUGGUGGAUUGCAAGGUGAGGUUCGUUCUUCAUUGCUUGAGUUGCAUCAUUUAAACUAUCUUGACCUUAGUCGAAUCAAUUUUGGAGACAUUCCAAUCCCAGAAUUCAUUGGUUCCAUGAAACAUUUACAACACUUGUUGCUUCAUCAAACUAACUUUUCUGGGAUUGUUCCUCUUCAGUUUAGAAACCUUACAAACCUACGCACACUUGAUCUCAGUGCGAAUGAUUUUGGAGGCUUUCCUAUCCCGGAAUUCGUUGGUUCCAUGAAACAAUUACAACACUUGUCUCUUAGCAGUAGUAAAUUUUCUGGGGUCAUUCCUCCUCAGUUAAGGAACCUUACCAACCUACGCACACUUGACCUUAGUGUGAAUGAUUUUGGAGGCAUUCCUAUCCCAGAAUUCAUUGGCUCCAUGAAACAAUUACAACACUUGUAUCUUAGUAGUUCUAACUUUUCUAGGAGUAUUCCUACUCAGUAUGGGAACCUUACCAACCUACGCACACUCGAUCUCUCGCAAAAUUCUUUGAGUUCCAUAUCUCCUUUUAUGUUUGGUUCCGUAUUUGGAUCACUCGAAACAUUGCUCUUGUCUGAUAAUCAAUUCACGGGUUUAAUGCCAAGCUUGAGAGCGUUUCCUUCAUUGAUAGAAUUGGACCUUUCAUAUAAUAACUUUACAGACUCCAUUCCUCUAAGUAUUGGCCAACUCUCCAAGCUUCAACAUCUAGAUCUUUCUCAUAAUUCUUUGGAAGUACAUCUUGACAUUUCAAAUAAUCAGUUGGCGGGAGAGGUUCCCGACUGCUGGGAGAAAUUGCCGAACUUGCACACCCUUAAUCUGGCUAACAACAGUCUUUCUGGUGAAAUCCCUCCCUCUUUCAGCAGUUUACAAAAAUUAAAUAGACUCCAAAUGCAUGGUAAUAAUUUAUCUGGUGAGUUGCCUUACAAUUUGAGCCUUUGCCAACAAUUGUUAUCCAUUGAUGUCGGAGGGAACAAGUUAACAGGAAAGAUCCCCUCUUGGAUUGGCCAGUUGUAUGGAGUGUUCUUUCUAAACCUUCGUGGAAAUAAAUUGCAUGGCAGUAUCCCUCCCGAGAUAUGCAAUCUUACUAAUAUUCAAGUUCUGGAUUUAUCGAUAAACAAUCUGUCUUCGGUAAUACCUGAUUGCUUUGACAAUUUUACAUUCUUGAAUAGGUCGAAAAAUAUGCCUUUCAUUAUACCUAGUUUUGGUCAAAGCUCCGUACAUGAAAACGGAUUUUCAUCGUUUCAAUGGAAAGGUCAGGAAUUUGAAUAUAAUCGGGGUAAUAUAGUGCUUCUCAAACUCAUUGAUUUUUCAAGCAAUGGAUUGACCGGGAACAUCCCCAAAUCGUUUUCUACUAUGAGGGGAUUGAGAUCCUUGAAUCUAUCUAGAAAUAGUUUGACGGGCUAUAUAAUUCCAGAUAUUGGUAAAAUGGAGUUGCUAGACUCUCUUGAUCUUUCUCACAACCAACUCGCUGGCCAAAUACCUACAAGUUUGGCAGAAAUAGACACUCUUGGUGUUCUUGAUUUGUCGAACAACAAUUUGUCUGGAAAAAUUCCAACGGGUACUCAACUUCAGAGCUUCAACACAUCGGCUUAUGCUGAUAAUGAUGGACUAUGUGGUGACCCUCUACCAAAGUGCCCCGAUGAAUCAAGUUUCUAA